CCCCUCCUCACCUACGGACUCCCCUACCCAGCCCUAACAGCGCAACACGCAGCCACCACCUUCUCCGCAAAACGCAUCUACAUCCUCAUCUCAGGGACACUCGCGCGCACCACAGACGCCCUCCAACGACUGCAAGAUGCGCUGGAAUCACACCCCGCAGCCGACAUGAGAGUCGUGGGUGUGCGCAAGGGAAUGAAGAGCCAUACGUAUUGGUCAGAGGUGUUAGAAGUCGCAGACGAUGUGCGCCGUACGGGGGCGGAUCUGCUCGUUGUUGUCGGCGGGGGGAGUCUAGUUGAUGCGGGGAAGGUUGUUGGUUUGGCCCUAGCAAACAACAUCACCACCCCAACCACCCUCUCAACCUUCUCCACAACCAGCACCCCCUCCCCCAACCCCGAACAAGAAAUCCACCCCUCCCACCUCCCCACAAUAGCCAUCCCGACGACCCUCUCCGGCGGGGAAUACUCCAACCUAGCAGGCUCGACAAACGACACCACGGACGAAAAACACCUCUUCGCAGCAGGCAUCCGCGGGCCGCAGCUCAUCAUCCUCGACGCCGAGCUCUGCGCCACGACCACUCCCCCGCGCGUGUGGCUCAGCACGGGCAUCCGCGCCGUGGACCACUGCGUCGAGACGUAUCUCCAAUCGUCUUCUUCGUCGGGGGAGACGACGGGGGAGGGGGAGGAGAUCGAGGAGGGGGCGGAUGGGGCGGUUGCGAGGCAUGGGUUAGGGCUAUUGGUGCCCGGGUUGUUGAGGUGUUGUGCUGAUAGGGAGGGGGAAGAUGUAGAGGCGAGGUUGAAUUGUUUGUUGGGGAGUGUGGAUGCUAUGGGGGCUUGUCUUGGGGGCGGAGGAGGAGGGUCUGGAUCGGGGGGUGGAGGGAGAGGCAGGGAGGGGGUGAAGUUGGGGGCGUCGCAUGGGAUUGGACAUCAGUUGGGCCCCCUCGGCAUCCCCCACGGCGAAACAAGCUGCAUCCUCCUGCCCGCAGUAUGCAAAUACAACGCCCUCCACAGCACCGACACCUCUCGCCAGAACAGUCUACGGCAGUUCCUCCUCCGCCAACCAUCCAUAUCAGACGUCCUCCACGCACGCCACAUCAACAAGGACACAGCAGACCUCGGCGACGUGCUCGACGCCGUCAUCCGCGAGUUAGGGCUUCCGCGGUCACUGAGUGAGGUGGGCGUGGGGAGGGAGAAGUUCGAGGAGAUCGCGGAGAAGAGUGUUAGGGAUGUGUUUUGUAGGAGGAAUCCUGUGCCGGUGACGCGCGAGGAGCAGGUGGUGGAGAUUUUGGAGAUGGUUGUUUGA